UUCUGCUGUCACCAAAUUAAAAUGUUUUCAAAUAAGAUUUCUAAAUUAUUUUUAAGUAAUUUAAAUUCGUUUGCUAUGAUAAUUAAUGUCAACCUAUCUUCAAGAAACUUUGGAAGUUUUGCAUUCGCCAAAAAUUUGGACGAGGGUUUGAAGGUUGCAAAGUCCGAAUCGAAACCUGUGAUGCUUAUUGUGCAUAAAGCUUUUUGCGGUGCAUGUCGAAUUCUCAUACCGAAAUUGGCGGCCAGCGAUGAGAUAAAAAAGCUGAGCGACAAUUUCGUUAUGGUGAAUGCGUACAAUGGGGAAGACCCAAACUCAAACGAUUAUGCUCCAGAUGGUGCAUAUGUUCCGAGAAUUGUUUUUAUUCGAUCGGAUGGAGUGACUCUAACGCAGGUAAAAAAUGCCAGCAUCAAAGGAGAUGAGAACAAGUAUUAUUAUCAAACUUCUGAAGAUGUAGCCAAGUCAAUGAAAUUAGCAAUGCAACUGAACAAUAAAGUGAAAAGCAACCUAUCCGUACCUAUCUUAAAAAUUGAAUAAAUAAAACUAUUUUUCCGAAUCCAAUUCCAAUGAAUAUAUCUGAAUGAACCGAACAUGAAUGAUUUAUUCAGGAUUUUUACUACGUUCAUUUAUCUCGUAUAACAAGAACAAUAAAAUUUUUUUAAACUUUAA